GAGGCUCAGCUCCAGCAGAGGAGGAGGGAGAGGAUUUUUACCUGCACUGAGCUCCCUGUCAGGUGAAGGUGUGAGAGAAACAAAAGAAAAGAGGCAGGAGAAGGCAGUGUCAGCCACCCCAGACCAGCAUGGUGUCUCUGUUGGACAACAUAGCCAGACCUUCUGCUGUCGUCCUGCAGCUGUCUGUGGUGCUUGGGGUAAUCUUUGUGCUGCUGAAGGUGGUCCAGUUCUACCAGGAGAGGAAGAAACUCGUCAAAGCUCUGGAGGCAUUUCCUGGCCCCCCGAAACACUGGCUCUAUGGCCACAAUCACCUGAUAUAUCCUGAAAAAAUAUUACAUCAACUAGUGUCGUGGGGAGAAGAAUACCCCUAUGCCUUUCCCAGAUGGUUUGGACCAGUCCUGCCUGCUGUAAUUGUCCACCAUCCUGAAUAUGCCAAAAGCAUACUUGGCCGAACAGAUCCCAAGGCCAGUGUACCCUACAAAUUCCUGCUUCCCUGGAUUGGGGAGGGGCUGUUGGUCUUGGAUGGAACCAAAUGGUUCCAGCACCGGAAGAUGCUCACCCCAGCCUUUCAUUACGAUGUGCUGAAAUCUUACGUGACCCUGAUGUCAGACUCGGUCAAAGUGAUGCUGGAUAAAUGGGACAAGAAGAGCACAGAGAGUAAGUCAGUGGAGCUCUUUCAAGACGUCAGCUUGAUGACACUAGACAGCAUCAUGAAAUGUGCCUUCAGCUUUAAUUCCGACUGUCAGACUCAGAGCAACUCACACUACUACAUUAAAGCUGUUUUUGACCUGAGCUACCUCCUGAGCCAAAGAAUCCAGACUUUUUCCUUCAAGGAUGUCUUCUACAACUUGACUCGCAAAGGCCGUGAGUUUCAGGACGCCUGCAAGCUGGCCCAUACCCACACAGAUAAGGUAAUAAAAGAAAGAAAGAUGUUGCUCUCCAGUGAGGAGGAACUUGGCAAGAUCUUGAAGAAGAAGCACCUGGAUUUUCUGGACAUUCUUCUUUGUAGCAAGGAUGCAAAUGGAGUUGGACUGUCCGAUGAGGACCUGCGUGCCGAGGUCGACACGUUCAUGUUUGAGGGUCAUGAUACCACAGCCAGCGGGAUCUCCUGGCUCUUCUACUGCAUGUCAUUACAUCCAGAGUACCAGCAACGCUGCAGGGAGGAGAUCCAGGGGAUCCUGGGAGACCGAGACACCGUUGAGUGGGAGGACCUGGGGAAGAUGACCUACACCACGAUGUGCAUCAAAGAGAGCUUGCGCCUGUUCCCACCGGUUCCUUCUGUGUCCCGACAGCUCUCUAAACCCAUCACGUUUUCUGACGGACGCAGCCUGCCAGCAGGCUGCCAGGUUGGACUGAACAUAUUUGGUAUUCACAGGAACCGGGAUGUCUGGGAGAACCCUGAGAUUUAUGAUCCCCUGAGGUUUUCUCCAGAGAACUCAGCACAGAGGCACUCCUAUGCUUUCCUGCCUUUCUCUGCUGGACCCAGGAACUGCAUCGGGCAGCAGUUCGCCAUGAAUGAGAUGAAGGUGGCGUUGGCCUUGACCCUGCUCCGCUUCGAGCUCUGCCCAGACCCAUCCAAGCUUCCCAUUAUGGUACCACAGCUUGUCCUCAGGUCCAGCAAUGGGAUACACCUGCAUUUGAAGAAGAUUCCCUGAUCCCACGGGGUACCACGGCAGGUGGGCAAGAGCUCUCCCAAAUGUCGCUCCACCCAGAGGCUUAAGUGGGGAACGAGAUCCACGCUGGCCACAUUGGAUCUCUCCCACAUUAACCCCCCACCAUUGCUGUCCAGGGGGGCACACCGAGCCCCCUCAAACAAACACCAAAACCAGCAGAUCCAAGUCCCCUCCUUGCAGGGGGAGCAGCACUGCUAAAGGGGUUCCACAGCGUGGCUGUGGCUCAGCCUUCAUCUCCUUGGGCAUCCUCCAUGUCCUGAUCAUCUCCUGACCUCCAGCCUGCCCUCACACGCUGCCUGGCGGGACUUCUGUCACUCAUCUGUGGAUUUGUUCCAUUGUCAGUCUCCAGGAUGGGCUUGGCAGUGAACAAUGCUGGCAUGGUUUGCAUGGAUGUUUAAAGCCUGGGCGCUGCCCCAGCACAGAGUCCUUCCCCUGCCUCCAGCCUGGGUGUGCCAGGGCAGGAGGGCUCCUCCUGGCAGCCUCGCUGCAUCCCCAUGCACCGCCCUCCAAAUUAUUCCCAUUCUGUGGCUGGCGCUGUGCCCACCAUUAUGGAGAUGAAGGCCUGUGGUUUCUUUCUGCCCCAGCACUGAACUUUCUUGAGUUGAGGGUGCUCAGGAAGCCAGCCCAGAGACAUGACACCAGCUAACCUGGAGAAAGCACUCACCCCACUGAAAACAAUGUGUGAUCAGCCUUGGUCUCAUCUCCGAAACAAGAAUAAAGCUUU